GUUAAUGCGCUCUUAAGUGACAUAUUGGCAGUGUCUCAAAACCUUACGAGCUGGCUACCUAGACUGCAUUUUGGGUAUUAAAUGUGCGUGGGAGUGAGCGAUAGGAGCACAAGACGCGUUUCGUCUGCUAUUGUGUAAUUUUUCUCAAUCCACACGUCUUUGGUCGCUGCGUCGCGUCUCUGUUUCAUCGUCUUGCGCCAUCAGCGCGGUCGAGUCAAACGGCGUGUAACUUCUAUUAACUUCUAAUUUCGAUUUAAAUCCCCUGGCGUUCUGUGCCAUUCCAUUGCGUUAUAUCUAGCUGUUUUGAACACCGCCAGACGUCUGAACGCCCCCUUACUUUCUGCGUUCUGAGAGAAUCAGUUGCCGCGGACUUUUGAGUGACGUGACAAACUCGUAGCGAGCGGCUAGGCGUUACUGUCCUGCCGUGCAGUUUUCCUCAUCACUCCAGCAGACGGGCUUUAAACAAAGACUACCGCUGAACACCGAGCACCUGGCUUUCUCCUAUGCCUAAUGCGAAGUGGCGUAGCUUUUCUGAAUGCGCUGCGCUGUUGUUAAAUGGUGACACGUCUGAUUGGGAGCAUAUAUUGUUGAAUAUCGUUUCAGGUUGCGUAUUCAGACGCACAAUCUGCGCGCAAGUAUGCCGAGGAGAAAACAGCAGGCGCCGAAACGAGCGGCAGCUUAUGAUUCAGAGAAUGUUAAGGAGACCAUACAGACCGAAGGCACUGGAAGUGAUUGCUCAGUGACCAAGAAGAAACACCAGGGUGAAAGUGAUGUGGGAGAAGACUUCAAUAACCCAGUGGAUGAACAAGAUUCCCCUACUGCUGAGCUGUCAGGUCAUGAUGUUGACAGUGAAUCUCACAUAAGUGAGUCUAGUGACCCCACGUCAGAUGUAGACAGCACCCCGAUGAAAAAUAAGGAGGAGGCCACAACAGACCGUUCUGAGGACUCAGUAUGUAUUACAGACAGCCUAGACCAGAUGAAGGCUAUUUACAAAAGCUUCCUUAAUAAUCCCUACUGGUCUUUUUUGAGCUUGAAUUCCUCUCAACUGCAUGCAGACGAACAGCUGGCUAGUAGCAGCGGUACCAGUAGCAGCAACAGCAGUCCUGGACGCAACAGCUAUGACUGGCAUCAGUCUGCUAUUGCAAAGACACUCCAACAGGUUUCUCAGAAACAACCUAGUGCACUUGAACCAAGUAUUUUCUCCACUGUGCAGCUCUAUCGCCAAAGUACUAAACUCUAUGGAUCCAUCUUUACCGGUGCUAGCAAGUUCCACUGCAAAAGCUGCAGUGCAUCAUACGACACACUGCUUGAUCUCACGGUUCACAUGAAUGAAACGGACCACUACCGUGAUGACAACCUUGAAAGCGCUAGCAAGGGUGCCAAGUCAUGGUCCAAGCCACGUAAGCGCUCUCUUUUGGAGAUGGAGGGAAAGGAAGAUGCCCAGAAAGUCCUACGCUGCAUGUACUGUGGACAUUCUUUUGAAUCCCUGCAAGACCUCAGCGUGCACAUGAUAAAGACUAAGCAUUAUCAGAAGGUUCCACUGAGAGAGCCAAGAACAGCAAUUGCUGCUAAAGUUGUGUCUUCAUUCAGGAAGAGGGUUCCAGUGGAGCUGGAUGUUGCAAAAUCUUUGCACACCACAGAACUGACAAGAAGUCCCAAUGGAGGACAGGCCAGUGAUUUUUUUCAGAUGUAUUCUGAGAAAACCAACAAAGAUGACUUGACAGAUCAGAAGACAAGCCGUGGUGCACAGUUCAAGUCUCAGAAUCUCAAAUGUAUGGAGUGUGGAAUUUCACACGACUCUUUGCAGCAGUUGAGCGCUCAUAUGAUGUUGACCGGACACUUCGUUAAAGUCACCCAAACAUUGCAGAAGACAGACAAGCCUUCCAAAAGUAAGUCUGAGAAGUCUCAGUCAGGUACACCUUGUUCAUCCCCUCUCUUAGCCAGGGGACUCUUGGAGUCCCCGUCCCUCCCAUCUGUUGCAACUGGAGACAAGAACAAGACACAAGAAAUGACUUCUCAGAAAGACAAGGAUCCUGCAAAUAGAAAUGAAGUUAAGCAGAACUUUGGCAUAUCCUCAAAGUCUGAUUACCUAACUGAAGAUGAUCUAAAAGAGAGUCCUAAAAUGGAUUUUGAUAUUCUAAAAUCACUGGAGAAUACAGUUACAUCGGCCAUUAACAAAGCACAGAGGGGCGCCCCGAGCUGGGGCGGUUACCAGAGCAUACAUGCCGCUUAUCAGUUACGAAACCAACAGAAACCUGCUGUAAACAACUCAGGCUGUAUUUCUUCUUUAAAACAUUCAGCCAGUCAGGAAGGACAGUCCAUAGACAAAAGUCAUUUGAUCCUUCCAGGCACUCCACCAAGAGCUUCUUCAACCACAGCUACUGUCCAGGAGGUGGACAAACUGGAAAAGAGAGUAACAGAAAAGACUCCGGACUUAAAUAGGCAAGGAUCCCCACAUCAGCAAAUGCUGAAUUCUAACGAGAAGCCACUUAUAAGUAAUGAGAGUGCGGUUAUAUCUAUGAGCAAUGUCUCUGAGGGUAACCCAAACGAAAGGGAAAUUCAGAAGCACACACAAGAUUUCAGAACUCACUCUACUUCCGCUUCAGACCUGUAUGAUGAUGCUGGUCUACUCUCAGCCCAGCCUGAGCCAAAACAACCCUCUGUCAGUCCUCUAAGUGCCCUUCAGUCUGUUAUGAAUCUUCAUCUGGGUAAAGCUGCCAAACCAGUAAGGCCGGUCCAGGAUCCUAUGAGUAUGCUUCUCAGGAUGAGCAACAGCAUGGCUGAAAGGGCCGCUCUUGCCGGUCCAUCUGGACACUCGGCGAAACUUAGCCAGUUGCAUUCUGACUGCCAUGAAAUUUGCGGAGACCAACCGAUAGACUUGUCCAAAGGCAAAAGCGAACAGUGUCUCAAAGCUGCCGCUCUCCCAGGCAAAGCUUUGAGUUCUUCUGUGUCUGAUGCAUCUGUAAGUGAGUCAACUAGUUCAAGAAUCGUAACACCUGUGAGUCCUUUGCGUGAAAACGCCCUCUUGGACAUAUCAGACAUGCUGCGCAAUCUCUCAGACUCUCGAGUUUUGAAAUCCCCAGUGCUUUUAUGUAAACCAGAGCAGUCAGAAAUCGAGGGUUCUCAUACUUCAGAUGAGGCAGAGGAUGCAUCUGUGGUGCAUAAACGUAAAGGUAGGCAGUCGCACUGGAAACCCCAGCACUUGCUGAUUUUGCAGGCUCAGUUUGCAUCCUGCCUCAGGCAGACAGCUGAUGGAAAGUAUGUGAUAUCAGACUUGAGCUCGCAGGAAAGAAUGGUCAUAUCACAUAUAACGGGUCUAUCUAUGACAACAAUCAGCCACUGGCUGGCCAAUGUGAAAUAUCAGCUUAGACGAACGGGCAGAACGAAGUUCAUAAAGAACGUUGACUCAGGACACCCGAUUUUCUACUGCAGUGAAUGUGCAACACAGUUCCAAGCUCGUUCUACAUACAUCUGUCAUCUUGAGUCACACCUUGGGUUUAAAAUAAAGGACUUGGCUAAACUUACGUCUAAGGAUCUGAAUCGGAGGAUUGCAAAGCAUUCUAAAAGCCCGGCCAUAAAACCUGUGCUUCCUGUUGUACUGCCAACUAGAGGAUGUCAGGAGCAAUUACCACCAGUGCCAGCACUGUAACAUGCAAACAGCUUAUAAAACAAUACAGUUAACAUUGUAUGCCAGAAUAGUUGAGAACAGACAUAAUGUAUAUAUUGUUGCAUUAACAUACACAGUUGGCCUUGUAGGCUAAGCUUUGUGAACAGUAAUUUAACUUUAAAACCUGUUUAAAGUUAAGGUGGCUACCACCAGAUUUAUCAAGUAGAUACACAGUAUAAGAAUCUAUUAUACAGUAUAUAAAAAUGUCUUAAAGUUGUAAACACUCUUGGAUGCUCAUGAUGAACAGGUUUCUGGUGGAAGUUUUAGUUCUGAUGAGAGAAGAAUGUAUAGAUGUACAUAGAUAAACUAUUAUGUUAUGCGUAUUUUCCAAAAAUAUGGCUUGCUUUUUUUCUCUCAUUUUUGCCUGUGCUAAUGCUUCAUAUGUGCAUAAGGACUCUGAUUUAUUUAUAGAUAUAUAAUUGAAAAAAAUGUAUAUAAUACUUAAGUCUUUAACAUUUUUGUUGAUAUAAAUUGCCUUGACUUGCAGAUUUUUUUUACAGAUGUUUUCUUUAAAUAUUUGUAUCACCUGUUCAUUUUUAUUCUAGCCAGAUUUGUUAAUCAGACUAUUUAACCAGACAUUUUUGACUGUUUUUAUUUACAUCCAUUUUGUUGAAUGUUAAAACAUUGAACGAGGCAUGCCAUCUAUAUAUGUAAAUGUAAAAAAAUCUGUAAUCUUUUUAUAGAAAAAAAAAUGCAAUUUGAAACAAAAACAAAGCCUUUUUGUCUGUUUUUUUUUAAAUGCUUGAAUUCAUGUUUUUAAACAGCAUAAUUUAACCUAAUAUCAGUAUUCUAAUAAGACAUUAACAGGCCAUUGUUUUUAUUAGUCAUCCAAAAGAGUCCAAAAUCACUUUUUUAGUGUAUUUUUAUGUCUAACCGGUGCUGUUUUAACUGAAUAAACAAUAAAAAAGGUAAUUGUGACUUCCUAUCUCAUAAUUCUAACUUUUUUCUCGCAAUUGCGUUUACAUCUUGCAAUUUUUUCAGAAUUGCCUGAUAUAAAGUCGCAAUUCUGACUUUUUUUCCUCAGAAUUGCAUGAUACAAACUUGCAAUUUUGACUCUGUUUCUCAGAAUUGAGAUAUAAACCUGCAGUUCUACCUUUUUCUCAGAUUUGCAUGAUACAAAAUUGCAAUUCUGACUUUUUCCUCGCAUUUCUCUUUUUUUUGAGAAUUGCGUAAAACAAACUUGCAAUUCAGACUUUUUUUCUUAGAAUUAUGAGAUAUAAACUUGAAAUUCUGACUUUUUUUGCUUAGAAUUGCGUGAUACAAACUUGAAAUUCUGACUUUUUUCUCAGAAUUGUGAUAUAAACUUGAAAUUCUGACUUUUUUUUUCUUAGAAUUACGUGAUACAAACUUCCAAUUCUGACUUUUCUUUUCUCAGAAUUGUGAUAUAAACUUGAAAUUCUGCCUUUUUUUGCUUAGAAUUGCGUGAUACAAACUUCCAAUUCUGACUUUUUUUCUCAGAAUUGUGAUAUAAACUUAAAAUCCUGACUUUUUUUGCUUUGAAUUGCGUGAUAAAAACUUGAAAUUCUGACUUUUUUUCUCAAAAUGGUGAGAUACAAACUUUAAAUUCUGACUUUUUUUCUCAGAA